AUGGGGGAUAAAAUCCGGCAUACAGACACUUUCAGAAUGCUUGCUGCAUCCAUUCCUAUAGGAAACAGCUUCAUAUUCUCCGUUGCAUCUGAAGGUAUAUAUGACUCAGUGGAUGACAUCAUAUCAAGUUCUGAAGAUGAAUACUCACUAAAUAUUGAGGAGCAGAGACUGGAUGGCUUCCACGUGUUACCUGAGGAUGCUGGGAGUGACGAAGACGAUGAGAGCCUCUGCAGCCAAAUGAAUUCCCCUCGCAGAGGUGAAGCAAAUUACAUCGACCCAAACGAUGUCCUUUGCAGAGGUGAGGAGAAUCCACCUCUGAACUGGACCAGCAGCCAAUGCAAUGAUGAAGUGAGGUGUCUUGAAGACACUCCUGCUUUGACCGCCACUUCUGAUGAUCUUGAAUGUCUUCAACCUGUUAGUGUAAAUUCCUCUAACCUUGAUGACGAGCGACCAAUCACAUCGGAAAUUGGGCGUGCAAAGACAUUUCAACAAUUACUCGAAGAAGAAUUACAGAAAGAGAAGCCCUUCCCUUCAUCUCUCCAAGCCAACCCAAAGAGGAAUUUCCUGCGGCGUGGGGAAGGCAUUGCACGGUUCAAUCCACCGCCCAACGAGAAAUCAAUUCAGAGACAUGUACAGAGAAGUAACAAUCGAUCAAAGUCCAGUUCUACUCCACACCGCACUUUGCCAUUAUUGCUAGAAGACCAAACUGUUCCUAAAAGACCUAUCUCUCAGCCAGUCCUGUCUCGGAAUAAAUCAAAGGAAGCAAAAAUUGAAUUCGGAAAAACUCAGUGUAAGCCUCCGAUAUGCCCACCACCUACAAAUCGUCGCCGAUCAAAAUCUGCAACAGCUAAACCCAUGUCAUCAUCUUCUUCACAACCUCUGUUGUUAUCGUCGUCGCAGAAACCACAGACGACAACAACAAGGAUGCUGGCAACGACCCCUUUAACAUCCUCCUCUCAUUGCUCAGUCGGUUCUUCGCAGAAGCCACAGACAACUGCAAGAUUGAAGACACUAGCAAUGACUGGGCCCUCUAGCAUAACUGAUGGUGGCAUAAACGAGUUGGUAGACAUCCAGUCAUUGGUAGACGCAGGUGUAGGCAUUCCUGCGAACCCUAAGGAUGUCGAGAGGAUUUUGAGGGCGAUUUACGAUGGUCAACCAUUGCCGGGGGACUCUGAGCAAAAGGAUGAGGAGACUGUAGGCAAGGGUUCAGCCUUGUUGAAUGAAAGCUUAACGAACAGCAUCGAAGUUGAAACCAAAGAUUUAGCAGAGUUUGAAUUUAUGGAACAAUUAGCCGAUGACAUGUCUUUUUGCAGCGAUUCUUCCGUUGUAGUCAAGUUCAUGCACAAACGUCUUCCACACAGUGUUUCCAAGCUGACAGCUGCUCACAUAGCUCCAACUUCCCUACCAGAUUCAUGGAGAGAAAGGAAUUCGGCACCAAGUCACCGAUCAUCCGUCCAUUACGUCAAUUCCAUCAUCUCCUCAGACAGAGACGACACUCUGGUGAACGGCACCACAGAUUCUGGUUCAGACACGGAGGAGACAUUGUUCAGUUCAUCGGAGCACUGCAGCGAUGGGGACAUUGCCUACACUGGUGCCGACAGUGGGGAAGACGGUGGGUGCGAUGGCAAAAUAUUUUGGACAGGGGACGAAGUUACAAAUGACGGGCAUGUCAAGAAUGACAACAGUAAAAAAGACUAUAACAGCCGUGACGGUGAUACUCAGAUCAAUGGUGUUGUAGAGUAUCAAGAGUCUGACAGUGAAGAAAGAGGUAUCAGUUUGGGUCAGCCAGUUGAGGCCACGACAACAGGAUUUGGGUCCACAUACAUGACUGGGACCAUCCAGAAUAAAAUUGAGAACUUGUUCCUGGACUCUUCGCCAAAAAGUCAAAGGGAUCGGGAACGAGGACAGAGGUCACCACAGCAGGCAGAGGUGGUUAGAGCGGCCGGCAGGAUGGGAUUGGGGAUGUCGUCAGUGACAUCGGCAGCUGCGUCAGAAUCAGGUGUCGCCUGCAGACAGCGUCAGCAUCGGACUCAAGCCAACAGCAAGGAUUCUGGCAGCCACACUAUGGACCAUUCUGAAGUCAAGGUCGCAGUCAUCCCGUUGACGGCAAGAGGAAUCACACGGAAAAUUGCUGUGAAAGACAUUGGCAGUCAUCGGACAAUUAGGGGUGGACACAUGGAGAAAAGCAUAGGAACUGAGGAGCUUGAGCAUUUGGUUGGGGCCAACACUACCACAAGCAUGACGUUUGGUGGGAGUGGGGAGAGUUUGGGUGGCAGCAGGGGUGGGGGUGGUAGUGGUGGCGUGAAGGGGAAGGGGAAAGAUGAAGAGUCAGGGUCAGCCAGAUCUUCAGAUUUCUGUUCGUCAGAUGAAUGCAUGACUGAUGAUGACGGUGCCGUGGUAGUGGUGAGACAAGCAAGGAGUACCAACAACAGCAGGAACUCGGAGGAGCGUUGCAGCGCCAUCGGCGAUGACUUCGCCGCUGGCGUUCGGGGUCGAGUCACCGGUGCAAGCAACGAGUCGCCGUCCCCUUCAGACGAGUCUGACCACCACCACACCGACGAGGAUAGCGGCAGUGGAAACAACAACAGUUACAAAAGAAAUGAUGACGGUGAUAGUGACGAUGACGCCGACGCCGAUGAUGAUGAUGAUGAUGAUGACAAUGAUGACGGUGAUGAAGAGAGUAAGAGCAGCAGCAAUGAUGAUGAAGAUGCUUGGAACGACACGUGCGAUUCUGUGAAGAAGAUUGAAGAAUCCUUGUUCCAGAAAAGUCUCAGCAACAAACAAGAUCCAGCUACUGCCCUUUGUCAAUCCUGA